CGACGUAAUAAAAGUAAGAGACUCGUGUGAGAGAGCGUGUUCGUUUCUUCCUUCGUCUUCUUGGCGAAAGUAAUAAUUAGCGUAGAUCUUGCUGAAGGAACAGUGCGGCACAAUGUCAUCACUCGAAGCCACCAUCGAAAAGGUCCUGCUUUCAGAUUCUGCCAAAAUCUCGGAGGGAACCGAAGAGCUGAAAGUGGCGUUCAAAAGCGCCGACAUCAUCCCGGCCCUGUGCCAGGUUCUCGGAUCGUCGGUGAAGCAGGAUGUGCGGCAGUACGCCGUUGUCCUGAUCCGAAAGCAUUUAAACCGCAAAAAGCACUGGGUACAACUCAAGGCUGAUGUGAAGAAAGGUUUGAAGGAGGGGCUCAUCCAGUACCUGAUCUCUGAGCCAGUGAAAAGCGUCAAAUCGUCGAUUGCCCAGCUGAUGGGGGUGAUUGCCAAGCACCAGAAGCAGCUGGACAGAGACUGGCCUGAGCUGUUGCAGCUCUUCCAGAAUUUCAUCACCAAUAAUGACCCUCAUAAGCAGGAGAUUGGAACCCUGGCCCUAAAAAAUGUCUUGGACACUUGUGCUGGGUCAGUAGCCACGUUUCUGCCAGCCUUCUGCAUCCUGUUCAAGCAUGUGCUGGAAACGUCGACCAACCUGGCCUCUGACACUGUCUACAACACUAUCGUCGGCAUGAAACACCUCAUUCCCCUGCUCAGUGAGCAGAAGUCGUGCAUCAGUUCGUAUGCAAAUCUGCUCCCUGGAACGCUGGCUGCGGCGAACGCGAUGGCUUCCAUUAACGAGGACAAGGCGAUCGAGGAGUUGGGCAUUUUGGAUGAGCUGCUCGAGGAGCACGCCUCUGUCCUCGGCCAGCACCUGCAACUCAUCAUCACCGCCUGCAUGCAGAUCGCACUCAACCAGUCCCUGCCCGACGCCGUUCGCGUCAAGGGAGUCCUCCUCACUGGCUGGAUCGCCCGCAGUAGAAAGAAGGCCUUCUUGAAGCAAAAUCUUCUGCAGCCAGUGUUGGAGGCGCUGUUCCAGCUGAUGGCGGCGCCAUCUGCGAUGGAAGAGGAGGAGGAGGCGUACUUCAACGCCGACGCCGAGUCCACGACGCCACAGUUGUGCGCCUCGCAGACCCUGGACACGCUUGCCCUUUCCCUGCCACCUGACAAGCUCAUUCCGGCCCUUGCGCAAUUCAUCGAGCCGGCCCUGCAGGGCGAUGACGUGUAUAGGAAGAAGGCUGCUUACCUGGCCCUGUCGGUGAUUGCCGAGGGCUGCACUGAGUACAUCAGGACCAACUGCCUGGAGAACUUUGUCCAGUGCAUCGGCACUGGCAUCACAGACGAGUCCACUGUCGUCAGAAAUGCCGCCCUUUUUGCCCUUGGACAGUACUCUGAAUACUUGCAGCCGGACAUCACGAGGUUCGCGCCUCUGCUGAUGCCGAUCCUGUUCACGUACCUGGAGCAGCUGUGCGCUGGUCUGGAGGCGAACGGCAAGGAGCCAUCCGGCGUGGACCGCAUGUUCUACGCGCUGGAGACGUUCUGCGAGCAGCUCAACAACGACCUGCUGCCGUACCUGCCAAUCCUGAUGCAGCGCCUCAUGACAACCCUCGAGCCCCGCUUCUCGGUGCACCUGCGCGAGCUCGCCCUCAGCGCCGUCGGCGCCACCGCCAACGCUGCAAAGGAAAAGAUCCUGCCCUACUACCCCCACAUCAUCGAGGUCCUCAAGACCUUCCUCACUGUUGACUCUACUGAUGACACAAGACCACUCCAGAUUCAAGCAUUGGACACGCUGGCAAUUCUCAGUCGCAGCGUCGGUGCAGAAACGUUCAAACCUCUGGCGUGGGACAGCAUCAACUACGCCAUCCAGCUGGUGAAAAACAGCGGCGAGGAGGCCGACCUGCGCAAGGCGUCGUACGGCUUGUUCGCCGCGAUCUCAACCGUCCUCAAGACGGAAAUGUCGCCAGCGCUCAAGGAAAUCGUGCCUUUCCUCAUUGAGAGCAUCAAAAGCAAGGACGGCAUUGUUGCGCAUUUCAAAGAAGAUGCGGACAAAGUUUACCCAGUUUAUGAGGAAGUGAAGGAAGAUCUGGAGGAGGAAGACAUUGAUGGCGAGUUUACAGACGAUGAGGACGUCUGCUCAGACAUAGUUGGUUACGAUUUGAAAAAUGACUUCACGGAAGAGUCUGAGGAGGCGUGCUUGGCCCUGAAAGAAAUCGCAGCUGAAGUUGGGGAGGCGUUUGCGCCUUAUCUGAAGGACUGCUUCCCUGUGGUCUACUCGGCGCUCAACUACCCCCAUGAGAGCGUCAAGAGCGCCGCCCUCUCAGCCGCUGUCCAGAUUACAAUCAACUGGUCCAAGAUUCCCACUCCUGAGGCUGCUAACGAGGUCAAUGAUAUUCUGUUGAGCCUGGUGCCAAAGUGUGCUGAGCUGAUCCACUUCGACCCUGAGUACAGCGUCGUGAUGGCAGCUUUGGAGGUUUACUCUGACCUGCUGAAGGAGCUGAAAGGCGUCGUGCUUCAGGGCGAGGGCCACCAGGAGGCCAUUAUUAACUGCAUCACCACCGUCUUGAACAAUGAGACUGAGUGUCAGAAGCAGGAGGGUCAGGGUGACGAUGAGGAGGAUGAGCUAGAGGAAGACGAUGACGACGAUGAAAACGACGCCGAGCAAGACAUGAUGCUGUUUGAAUACGCGUCAGAGGUGCUCAAUCCGCUCGGACACGCCAUGCCCAACGAUGAGUUCGGAUUCGUCUUCAAAAAACUCCUGCCCACCCUCAUCAACAAAACUAAAAAGAAGUGGACCAUUGGCCAGAGGUCGUUCAGCACGGGCGUGAUUGCCGAGUGCAUGGAGCCGCUGGGGGCUGCCCAGAUUGCCAACUUUUCCGGCCAGCUGAUGCCCCUGCUGCUCAAACUGGCGCAGGACUCAGUGCCUGACGUCCGAAACAACUCUAUCUACGCCAUUGGCGAAAUGGCCUACCAUGGCAAAGAUCCCAUUUACAGGUACUACCCUGAAAUUCUGCAAACCCUUUCCGCCGUGAUACCAAAGAACGACAAUGGGCCACACGUGCUGGACAACAUCUGCGGUGCCAUAGCCCGGCUCAUCGUCACCAACGUCAAAGCAGUUCCUUUGGAUCAGGUGUUUCCUGUGUUCAUGAUGCAUUUACCGCUGCGAGAAGACUACGGCGAGAUCAAGCCCAUCUUCGAGUGCGUCUCCUUGCUGUACCAAAUGGGUUCGCCGCAGCUUGCCGCCAACCUCGACAAAGUCAUCAUUACAGCUGCGGAUGUCGUCGGCACUGACAAGGUUCCUAAAGAGGUGUCGGUCGACAUCGUCUCGCUGCUGAAGACCAUGCAGAAGGAUUUCCCAGACAAAUUCGCGGCGACUGCCGCCGCCCUGGAGCCUGAAGCCGCCGUCAGGCUCCAAAAUGCAUUUGAAGGUUGAGAAGUCGUCGAUUUUGCGUAUACGCUGUAUGUGUGCCUUACUUAAUUUAUCCGCGGUUGAAGAAAGAAGGAAAGAAAGUAAGAAAAAGGCACGCCAUCUAGACCACCUUUGAUUACAUACUGGAAAGGAUCAAAUUAAUAAAAUUGCUAAAAGGAAA